AUGGGGUUAUUUGCGGCGAAUUUAAGUGCCGGGAAAGGGCAUGUUUCUUGUAGUGACAGUACCAAAAGCCUGAAAACUCCCGGCGACUACUUCUCAGGCGCACUUUGCUUUGCUCAAACCAAGCCGUCAUGCCGUAUCCGAGUGAUCAGAAACUCAGUGCAAGAAGCACAGCUCCCAUUCUCGAAGUCGAAGGCCUCGAUGUUGGAAGGGUACCAGAGAAGUAGUACUGAGAAGCUUGAGCAGCUUCAUGCACUCUCGGGUGGGCAUUCCAUGGAAAAUGAUGCAAGGGUCCCUGUGUUUGUGAUGCUGCCGCUCGACACAGUAACGCACGGAGGGAACUUGAACAAGCCUCGAGCAAUGAAUGCUAGCUUGAUGGCCCUGAAGAGUGCAGGAGUGGAAGCAGUUAUGGUGGAUGCAUGGUGGGGAUUGGUGGAGAAAGAUGGACCUCUGAGGUACAACUGGGAAGGGUAUGCUGAGCUCGUACAGAUGGUUCAGAAGCAUGGCUUGAAGCUCCAAGUUGUUAUGUCCUUUCAUCAGUGUGGAGGAAAUGUUGGAGACUCUUGCAGUGAGCUGCUUCUCCAUGUCAGAUUGGUACUCUUUCCAGGUGUUUUAACGGUGGGGUUAUCUUGCUUGUUUGGUUUAUCCAUCUCUUUCUUUGGAUUUUCUUGCCGGAGGGCCAUUUCAGUAACAAGAUUUACUGUUCUUGGGAUAGCGGACAAGCUAUUAACGGUUGUGAUUAGUUUGGUUGUUUGGGACAUGCAUUCGACAUUUGUGGGAACAAUGGAGCUUUUAAUUUGUAUGCUUGGUGGGGUUAUGUAUCGGCAAUCUACAAGCAAAAAGCCUAAAGAUGUAAAAGAAGUAAAUGCACGAGAGAUUGAUGAGGAUCAACAAAAGUUGCUUGAAAUGCAACGCAACACAGAAGGCAAUGGCAAUCAGAAGGAAGUUGCAGAAUCAGAAGUGGGAAAAUGAAAGGGUUUAUGCUAAGUACUAUCAUUUUGUUUCUUAUUGCUGCAAAAUUUAUUUCUUAGGUCCAACUUUAAUGAUCGACCAAUUCUUGGAGCACUCUUUUCUCAAAGGUGCAUUUGCAAAUACUCGGCACUUAAAACAUUUGUUCUUCAUGAUGCAAAAUGCAGGGUUAUGAUACUAUAGUAGGAGAACGAGGACUGCAAUUGUCCGGCGAGCAGAAGCAAUUGUGGAGAAAGGAAAGCAUGAGACUUUGAUUAAUAUCCAGGAUGGGUCUUAUGCCUCCCUUGUUGUGCUUCACACAAGUGUUGCAACUGCUUGUGCUUCUUGAAACUCUUUCUGUUUCUCUAAAAUUUUGGAGGGUGGGACUGCUCUCUCUUUUCCAAGGAGAAGAGAGACAUGUUGUAUUAAUGGUUGUAACUCCUUCUUUUUGCAUUUUUUUUU